CGUCAGUUUUUGGCUUAUGCUUCACUCACACUCGCACGAACCCAUGAAAGCCCUCCUAUUCUUACUAUCUCUCUCUCUAAUGAUGCAAUGAACGACUGGGAGAGGAACGAGAGAAAGAGGAACAUCAUAAUGGCUUCACCAUUGACGUUCUUGUCAAGAUCUGAGAUUAGAUAGAGCAAGAGAACCCUUGAAGCCCCUUAGUAAGAAUAAAGUCAUUAGACUUUAGCAUGGAAGAAAAUAGGCAGCAUCAUGGGUUUCUUGAGGAGGCACUAACAGGAAGGUGUUGGAAUCCCAAGGUUUCUCUCUCUACCUAAGCUCCCUCUCUUUCUCUCUCUCUAAACCCUAGCGUAGCACCUCAUCUCUCUCUGCAACCCCAAGCAUCCUCUCUACUCAAGCCCUCUCUCUCUCUCUCGCUCUCUCUGUCUCUCUUUCUCGCUCUCUCUCCUAGCCGAGCCGAACCCUUUUUCUCUUUAGGCCCUUGUCCCUCUCACAAGCCCUUACCCUUUUUUCUCUAUGUAAACCCGCUUUCUACUUAUCUCUGUUUGUUCUUGUUGUUGUCUCUCUGUCUCUCUCUGUAACCAGCCCCUCUCUCUCCUCUUGUUUUUGCUUUCUUCUUCAAGCCCUAGCCCUCAUUUGUGGCCAUCGAGUAUCAUAUCAUGUUCUCUCUUUUCAAGCUCUUAUAGAAAUUUCAGGUUGUACAAAAUCUAGGGAGUUAUUCAUGCAAAUGAAGAUUUUGGUGACAAUGGCAUAGGGGAGAGAAAACCCACAAAAGGGUAGAGAUUUUUUCCUCAAAAUUUUAGAGAGAGAGAGAGAGGUUGGAGAGGUGUAGAUGGUGGUUUCAUGAAAGCAAUGUGCAGAAAUCCUCGCAACUUCAAGAGAGGAUCUAGAUGAGGUUCUCUCUCUCGACGUAAUCUGUAUUUCCCGGGGCAAGAGUAGCUAUACUUGAUUCUCCCUGCCCUGCUAAGGGUUUUUUAGCUCGGAACUUGCUUCUUGUGCCCUGCCCUGCUCGUCGUUUUGGGUGAGCUCCUAUAAAUAUCAUGCAUGUAGUAAAGGUUAGAUGGGUUGGGCAAACAUUUGCUUUAGCUGCAUGCGAUGCUUCUCAUGUAAAGAAGCCACGCAAGCGUCGAACCAGGGAAGAGAGGAAGCUUAUGAUUGAGUCCUUCAUAGAGAAGAUUAUUUUCAGGUACAGAAACUCAAAAAAUGGGAAUUUUCCCUCGCUUACUCUUACACACAAGGAAGUUGGUGGCUCGUUCUACACAAUACGGGAUAUCAUUCGUGAAAUUGUGCAAGAGAAAAAUAUGAUGAGUAGUUCUAGCUCAUCUUCAAAGGAGAGUGAUAUUUCAAAUGGAAAGGAAAGUGAACUGGAUUCCUUGCCCAUCGAAUCUCAGUUUCUCAUGUCCUUGUCUGGAGAAAAAGGACAAUUGAAAGGUCAGGAUCAAGGAGAGGUUCCCCCCAUCCAUUCUUCUGGUUCUCAAUGUGUAAAUGAGGAAGUUCUGAUGACUACAAGUGACCAUUCUAUAGAUGCAAAUUUCAUGGGUGUGGAAUCCCUAUCCCACAUAACAUCUUCAUCUCAAUCAAGACUAAUCGAGGAACCUAAUGGGGAUUAUCGCUCUUGUGCUAAAAUGCAUCAGAACUCUGCUAAUAACGGAUCUCUUGAGCAAAGUUUCACCAGAGAAGAAUAUGACUUAGGGAUCACAAGUGAACAUGUUUCACAGCAGAAAGCUUUAACAAGAGUUAUAGAAACUGCUCACUUGGACAGUGAUGGCGUUAUCAAAGAUCUGGAUGGAGCAAAAGAUUCUAUGGAAUCUUCAAUUGUAAGAGCAGGUAAUGUUAUCAAUGAAAUGGUUGUAAUAGAGAGUUUGCCUGAAGCCCAAAGUUUGGUCAGUGCUGGCAGUACAGAUAAUUUUGCCACUGCAUGUGAUGAAGCAGUUCAAGUAGAAGUUAGAGAGGAUUUUUCUUUGAGUCAUUCAAUUAAAAUUCCAGAUUUGAGAUCAUAUAGCAGCUCUGAUGAAACUGAUCGUGUACCUGGAAUCAGAGCAAUGCGUGAAACACAUCAGAACCAGUGUUUGAUGAGUACUGGGAAUAGUGAUAAUUUGGCCACAGCGUGGGAUCAAGCUGUUCAAGUGGAAGUUAAAGAGGAUUUUUCAUUGACUUCAUCAGUUUAUACUCCAAAUCUGAAAUCAGAUAGCAGCUCUGAUAAAACUGAUGGUCUACCUGGAGUCAGAGAAAUGCUUGAAAUGCAUCAGAACCAAUGGUCGGUGAGAAUGGAAAAUAAUGCUAAUUUUUCUACAGCACGGGGUCAAGCUGUUAAAUUGGAAGUUACAGACGAUAUUCUUUUGACUUCUUCAGUUAAAAUCCCAGGUCAGAGGUCAUAUAGCAGCUCUGAUGAAACUGAGAACGAAUCUGGUGCUGGAGAAAUGCUUGAAACCCGUAGUGUUGUUGAAGAAGAUGCCAGAGAAUCUCUGGCAUCUCUUUCUGCUAAGAACGAGAUUGAAGAAUCUGUGACAUCCAAUUCAUAUUCUGGCCAGAAUAUAUUGGGCUCAUCAGGGGACCUGUCUUUCUCUUUUGACACUUGUGAGAAAGAGAACGCUUAUCUUGGGCUCUCUAAAACUACAGAAAUACCGCAAAAGUCCUUAACUAGCAGCAAUGUAGCAGAUAACUCUGUGGCCUCUGAAUCAAAUAAUUCUCGGAUGGGAAAGGAUCUGCAGGUUAUUUUAUCAUCUGAUGAUAAUUCUGAUAGCAAGAAACCGGAUCAAAAUCAGUUGCUUACAAAUCUUCAGGCAACUCACCGUCUGUUUAUGCAUUGGAUAGCGAUGUUGGCUCUUCGCAUCUUAGGCUUGCAGUUGCAGCCGGCACGUGCUCGUAACACCAUGAAAGUAGGUGAUGAAACAAAUAAGAUUCCCCAAAGUUCCGCAAUGCAAACAAAUGGGAUUUGCGGUCAAGUAGACCCUAUGAAUGACACCUCAAAGGCAGAAGAAAGCUAUGCCAUCUUCGAUGAAAUACACAGUGUGUCAUUUGAUGGUUCGUUUGGAGACGUCACAAAGCCCGAGAGGAAUCCAAUAUGGGAACUAGUGAAAGCAUUCAUUAAUGCCUUCAUCAGGUUCUGGUCAGAGUGAAUCACAUCUGAGUGCUGAAAGGUUUAAUGAGUUCAGUGCUGAAAGAUACAAGGGUUCUUUGGUCUGCGCAGUUUUCAAGUUGAGAGAAUUUGUCUUUGUUAGAAGGCAAAGGCGUGCAUGCAUGAGCACCCCAUCUUCUGGACCAAAUAUGUUGAGUGGUAUGUGUGUAAUUUGAGUCAUUUGGUAGUAUCUUUCCACCAUUGACAAGUUCCCUUCUGUACUUUCUAAGAGACUCUCCGCUCUAGAUGUGGUGAAACAGGCAACUACUUCAAUGAGUGCAUGCGUCCUCUCACAUGUGAAUGGUCUUUUAUCUUGUUUA